AUGGCACUGCGAAAUGCACUCGCUCUUUCAGACGGUAGCAAGUCUAGUCUCUUGUGCCCUAUUCGAGGGCGAGUGGAAGAUGGACAUAAUGCGUCGGUCUCCACCAAGCGCUCCCUCGAGUCACUCUUCCCGGGCAAGGACCUGUAUCUCUCUGACUCUUCAGAAUCUUCCCUAUCCUCUUGCAAAACACUUGAGACCAUCAGUGAUUUUGAUGCGAAUAGAACUUUGAUCCCUCAGCAGAUAAGCCAUUACCAAUACGGAGCCGAGUCUAUUGCACCUUGGAGUGAAACAAAUGUGAGCGACACCGUGCCACCGAUAGACACGACGACAGGAGCUACAGUUACUAAACAAGCAAAGCAAGCCACGAAGAUGUCAGAAUAUGCGGAAAGGUUCAGAAUUCGAAGAAAACGAGUUACAAACCCGAAAGACGUCGAUGACGAAGAGAGCCUUAACGACGACUUGAUGUGUCCGUCUGGCAUGAAAAGCACAGGAGACGCUACUAGCAGGAGAGCAAACAAAAGCCGCGACCUGGACCCUUCUUAUGACCCAAAUCAAGAUGACGAGGACCUGGAUGAAGAUGAUCAGCUCUCCCUAAGGAUUCCCAAAGAUGGUCGGAGGAAACGAGCUCUCGACCCGACAUAUACUCCAGGCAAGGAUGACGCCGGUGAAGAUGAUGACGAUGAACAACUUCCAACGGGCUCACAGCAAAAGAAGAGAAGAACUUUGGACCCUGCCUUUGUUCCUGACAAAGAUGACGACGAAGACCAGGACAAGUUCCUGGGUUCAUCGAAGAGGGGCAGAGGCAGGACUACAGACAAACGAACCUCGAAAAGGAAAGCGACCUCUGAUAUUGGAGUUGGGAAUCUACCUACUCCUAGCAAAGACACACCUUCUCGAGCCGCGAAAAGGAUGAAGAUCGAACCAUCGCCUCCUCCAAGAAUCCCCGUUUCUCCGGCUCUCACAGAUCCUCAGCCUGAUAACUCUGACGAAGAUGCGGUCACCAAAAAACCGUGGGAGCUUGUAAACGCCAAAACAGAGCCAAACCACCCCUUGGUGUUGAAAGCGAUGAAGCUCCUCAACAAGAUUGCGGAUGAUAGAAACAAGGCCUUCUUCGCGCUCGCCAAAGCUCAUCAACGCUCUCGAAAAAAUUAUCCGGCCCACUUGGCAGAUAAUACAAAUGACGAGGCUCAUACCCAGGACUCUGCCGCGCGAGUAGGCGAUACUCUAGCGAUUCAGGAAGAUGAAGCAAACGAUUCUGUACCAGACCUGUCCCUGGAAAGAGCGAAGCGCUGGGCAAACGCUGUCAAUGUGCCCAAGGGUCUCUGGAGCGAAGUGGAGAAACAACUUUUCUAUCGAAUCGCCAUGAGGGGAUUUGAACCUUUGCUUCCCAAGCAGUGGCAUUACGACUUCUCCACACUGCCGAAUCCUCUGUUCGCUGUUUCUGGUGAGAAACCGUCGCCGUUGAUCAAUGCAAUCAGAGGCUCGGAGUUCUACGCAAUCAGGUCACUUUCCGUUCUAUUCUCUCUCGGCGGUUAUGUGAGAGACUGCAACCUUGUGCAUCGUCGACCUGAGCCCAUCAUAAAACGAGCAAUUAGCAAGUACAUUCGCUGGGCUGUGUAUGAUGCAGGUCUACAUGUCAGCUCAAAUGCAAUACCCUUGUAUGCAAUAGGCGCUAGGAAGAGAGGAGAAAGUACCGUCAAGGCUGUGGUGAAAGUGAACCGACGUCUACAAAAGCUGGCGGAUCGGUUUCGAAGUGCCUAUGGCCUUGCAUCCGCUACAAAAGCGCUUGUGGUACCUGCCAAUAGAGCAAAAGCAAGAGCACCGAAUAGGCCCCCUCUUCUUACGGGCUUUGUUAUCAGCGGCCCAGUGGUCGCCAUCUUAACCCUGAACACCGACCCUUCCGCCGCAAAUGGUCAACGGGGAACUGAAGAUAGCCAUUUCAUUUGCCAACUCGAUCUCAGUGAACAGGGUCAAGAUGUGUGGAACUCACUUGCAGUGGCAAUAUCUGUCAUGCAUAUCCGCAACACCAUGAUGGAGCUUGCCGAGCAUGAUUUGGCAGGUUUGUGCAGAUUUAAUGCAGAUGCACAUGUGGUAGUGGACCAAGAUCUGUGA